AUGGCUGAGAGAAGAGAAGUAGAGAAUGAUGACAACGACGACCACAAUGCCAUGGGCGUCGUACCUCAUUUACCUAAUCUUGUUAUCCAUCAAAUUCUCCGAUACCUUCCCUCAAAACUUGCAGUUCGCAUGAGCUUUCUUUCAAAGAAUUGGGCAGGCAUGUGGACUUCGCUUCCCCUGAUAGAUCUCCAAGAAGAAAUAGCAUUCUAUGACAACAUCAAGUUCAAUAUGCUUGAACAUACGAAGUUUAUCAACUUCUUGGUAAGGUAUUUGGAGCUGCGUGACAAGAACAGUCCUUUAGAAAAAUUACGGCUUCACAUGAGAUAUCGGGAUGAAGACAAGACUGUGCUAGAUAGAUGGUUAAGUUUCGCGGCUAUCAAAAGUAUCAGAGAGUUGGAUAACAACCUCAUGAGUUUCACUAAAUACAGAUACCUUCACUCCUACUGCUUUCCUCUUAACAUUCUUAGUGCAAAAUCUAUAACUGCACUAAAUCUGGAGUAUGUUAAGAUCAUUGUCGACGACACUGCUGAACGUAUAUGUUUUCCAUCCCUGAAAGCUGUUUCCCUCAAACAUGUGUCGUUUAACAGCACUUUCUUCUUUAACUUAAUUUAUAGGUCUCUUUCCAUUGAGUAUAUCUCAAUGAUUGCAUGUUCUGGCUCGACUGCGCUACCGGAUGAUGUACUUAAAUUUACAAGUUCGAGCUUGAAGUCCUUAGAAUUGAGUGACAGUAACUACUCUAUUGAAGUAAGAGCUCAUGUGAAUCUCGAAUCUUUUACACUUGUUUCGAAACUUAAUAUAAGAGGAAUAACCUUGGAUAGAUGCCGCAACUUGAAAUAUAUCAAGAUCCAUGCUCCGCUUCUCAAUAGACUUGACUUGCUUGGAUGCCAUGAUAGCAUGAAGGCUACAAUCAAUGCUCCUAAUCUGAUUUAUUUAGCUUUCAAUGGUUAUAUGAAUCUUAAUUUUUUUGAGGAAACUGUAAACUUAGAAAACGGUGGUAUAGUUGCAGUUAGGGACAGGAAACCCAUCUGUAAAGACGAGUCAUGGAAACACUUCUCUACUCUCAGAGAUUUUCUUAAUAAGGGCUAUGGUUCUUGCUCCACAUCAUUACGCCUGUUUGUUUUUGAUACGGGGUGA